GACAAGAGUUUGCUAUUUUCGGCUCUAGGGCUGUUGAAAGGAAUUAGGAGGAGUUUUGGGAGAAGUUUUUCCUGCAUAACAUGGCUGUAAAAUGGAAUUUACUCCCUUGUUAAUUGUGUGAAAUAUUUUCCCCUGCUUUCGUCUCUCUGCACCAACAUGAAAACAUCAGCAUGGCUAGUUAUAUGAAUGAGGUAGAAAAGCAAAAAAUUCAUCAAUGUGCCCACAACGUUAGCAAACCUGAGGGUGUACAAAUCACAUCUAAUGCCAGCGAAAAAAAAUCCAAGUCCUCUGAUGGCAAAUGUUGUCAGGUAAUACAGCCCAGAUCCGGAAUUUGCCUUGGACUCACCGCUCCUUGCACGGCAAACCCUUCUCUGAGGCACCCAAGAGAAGCACCUCUGUUUGAGGAGGUUGAACGCUCUCUAGCUCCGGAAACUGAACGGAAAGUGAAGGCGCUGCCUGGUCAAAAUGAAUGUGGAAAGAGUGGCUUGAAAAAAGGCCGUAUCGUUGGCGGAGAGCCUGCACAAUUGGGUGCCUGGCCCUGGGCAGUGGCUCUUGGCAGGAGAUUGACCGAAAAUAAUGUAUGGUUCUUCUGUGGCGGAACUCUGAUAACUGACCAGCAUGUGAUAACGGCUGCGCAUUGUGUGAAAGAACUGACAUACGACCCAAGCCAUCCCGAAGAAGGCUAUGAAGGACUUGUGGCUCGAAUAGGAGAUCUUGACUUAGAUGAUUCAGUUGAAGAUGGAGCCAAACCCGUGACUAUUUUGGUGAGCAGAAGCGAAUGGCAUCCAAAAUAUUCCGAAUCAUGGGAUGGUUAUGAUAUUGCUCUUCUCACUCUCAAGACUCCGGUUGAAUUCUCAGACUUGGUCCGACCUGCUUGUCUUCCUACUGAAUCUGUUUUCUACAAAAACAAAGACUUUGAAGGAUACCAUCCAUUUGUUGCGGGUUGGGGCUACACCAAAGAGGGUGGGGAAAAAUCUAAUAAACUUAUGCAACUUCAAGUACCAUUACUAAGUACGGAGGAAUGCGCCAGCUUAAUAGCGUCAAGUGGUGCGAUGCGUCUGCAUGAGGAUUCAUUCUGCGCUUACGAAGAGGGGAAAGAUUCCUGUCAGGGUGACAGUGGAGGUCCGUUGAUGCUAUUCAUGGAUUCCAAAUACUAUCUGUACGGUGUAGUCUCCUAUGGUAACGGCUGCGCUCGGAAAAACAAUCCAGGAGUCUACAACAAAGUUCACACUCACUUAAAAUGGAUAACCGGACUGCUGGAAAGCGCCAGAAGUGAUACAACUUGGAUUACUCCGGCAUACUUAUUUGUGAUUUUGGUAUACAUCAUGAUAUUUUACGACCUUGGCUCUGGACCUAUAUGGGAUCUUUUUGUCGGUCCUCAAAGGCAAAAUUGCCUCGAUAACUGGUGGACCAAUAUGUUGUACAUCAACAACUACUGGAAUAACAGCGAAUUCAAAUCUUGUGUUGAAACGCAGUCGCUUCCAAAUGGAACUUUACUUUCCAGCACAUGCAAGACUACCGCCUUUUUUGAUAGGUCUCUUGUUUGGGUAUCUGCUCGACCAUUACAGGAAAGAGAAAAUGAAGAUGCAUUUGGCCCAGUAAACUCGUUUCUGUCACAUCAGUCCUUCCAAGUGCUUAGCAGAUUAACUUUCUGCUUCUAUCUGGUUCAUUGUACUUGCAUGCAUUACGAUAUUGGGACCAAACGCUCUGCCAUAUACUUCUCUUAUUUUAAUAUGUUCCAGGCCGUAGCCUCUGAUGUCAUCAUUUUACUUCCAUGCGCCACCGCUGUGUCACUUAUUUUGGAACAUCCGUUCAUUCACCUCAACAAGCUCAUUUUCAAAAAAAGAUCAGGGAAAGUUGCGCAAUCAGAGCACCCUGUGAAUACCACUAAAAGCGCCUGGGUCAUUACACCGGAGCUGGACCAGACUUCGACACACACCAACAUCUCGACGACAACAUUAUGCCAAAAUGAAUGCAUCGGCAUGGAUGCUCAAGGGAAAUCGUUGAAAAGCUCAGUUCACUUCCCGGUCAGGACAUAUGUGGUACAAGCAGAACCAUCCAAGGCCGCAUUGUUGGAGGAAUGCCAGCAAAGUUGGGUGAGAAGUGAUUGGCCCUGGGCUGUGGGCAUGGGGCUGACAUUGAAGUAUAAUAACGCUUAUAGGUUUGCUUGUGGUGCUGCACUAAUUUCUAACAGACAUUUGGUAACGGCUGCUCACUGCUUUAAGGAUUUUAAGGAGCCUUCGUUUCAACCUAAAAAUCAACAUUUCGAUACCGAAGGGAUGGCAUUUAGGAUCGGCGAGUUAGUUUUGAACAAUACAAUCGACGAGAGAGCCACACCGAAGAUUUAUCGGCCCGCAAAAAUCGCUGUGCACCCGAGAUUCGGCGAUGAUACAACGGAGGGCUUCGACAUCGCAGUUAUCACCCUGGAUUCCGAGGUACAAUUCACAGAUCUCAUCAGACCCAUUUGUCUUCCCAUCAGAGAUUUUUUCUUCAAGGAUGACUUUGAAGGAGAAACGGUAACCGUCGUCGGUUGGGGUAAACGGCAAGAUAAAAGGGGUGCCCCUAGCUCCAAUCAGCUGAUGCAAGUGCAGCUUCCCAUACUGAGCUCAGUGGAGUGCCUUACAUUGCUGCAACGCAUUCAAAUUAAGUUUUCCCCUGAUGGCUUCUGUGCGUAUUCGGAGAAUAAAGAUGCUUGCCAGGGUGACAGCGGUGGCCCGACAAUGUUGUACAGAGAUGGAAAAUGGUAUUUGUACGGAGUGGUAUCAUUAGGAGUUUUCGCCAAUGUCAUGAUAUGUGCUCACAGUGCUCGCCAACAGGAGGACAUGGAAAAGUCCGUCUCCACGGACACGGUUAAAAAGCUGACGUCACUCCCUGGUAACGAAGACUGUGGUAUUAGUGGCAGCAAAACUGGUCGCAUUGUCGGUGGAGAGCCAGCGAAGCUCGGUGCUUGGCCCUGGAUCGGGGCUGUUGGAAAAAAGCAAGGUCGCAACAAAUAUUUCUGGUUCUGUGGCUCGUCUCUGAUUUCUGAUAGACACGUCAUAUCGGCCGCUCACUGCUUCCUUCCCAGGGGUGAAAAACCACUCACUGUGAAAGGUUUUUUUGGGGCAACCUUAGUAUACUUACUUUGUCGUAGCCUGGGACUUUUUACGGACUUCAUUACAGUGGCAAAAACGCGUGAAUUUGAGGACAUGGAUACGUUCGCACCACGACACAUUGUAAAGAAAUUGAGGAAACUACCGGGCCAAGAGGGCUGCGGUAUCAGUGGCAGCAAAACUGGCCGAAUAGUUGGUGGAGAGCCAGCCAAGCUAGGUGCUUGGCCAUGGGUAGCAGCUUUAGGAGAAAGACGAACCCGUGGCAAAAAAUGGUUUUUCUGCGGUGCAACGCUGAUCUCUGACAGACACUUGAUAACAGCAGCUCAUUGUGUCGAAUCUAUCGAAAAUAAAUUACAAAAGUUAAUAGUUCGAGUCGGGGAUCUCAAUUUGGAUGACAAAGUUGAAGAUGGAGCUAGACCUGAAGAUAUCCCUGUUACAAAAAUAAGUAGGCAUCCUCUGUUUGGCAAAAUCGACGAAGGUUAUGACAUUGCAGUUUUACAAUUGGAGAGGAGGGUAAAUUUCUCAGAUCUUGUCAGACCAAUAUGUCUUCCUCACGAGGAUAUCUUUUUCACGAAAAAAGAUUUCGAAGGAUAUCAGCCGUUUGUCGCUGGCUGGGGUAUGAUUCAAUACGGGGGAAAGAAAUCCAUGCAACUUCUACAAAUUCAAAUUCCAUUACUGAGUACUCAAGACUGCAAAGGGAUGUUGAGAGCGCAACAGGUGGAUAUGCACGAUGACUCGAUAUGCGCCUAUGCCGAUGAAAAAGAUGCUUGCCAGGGUGACAGCGGCGGACCAUUGAUGCUACCGAUAGACGACAGGUACUACCUACUAGGGGUGGUCUCUUACGGUCUAGAAUGUGCCAAGAAAGACAGCCCUGGUGUCUAUAAUAAAGUCCACACUCACUUGAAAUGGAUCACCGAUCAGCUAGAUUAG